AUCAAAGUUAUUACAAUUCAUCCUGAGGGGGACAUGAAUGUCCGGACCAAAUUUCAUAACAAUCCAUCAAAUAGUUGUUUAGAUAUUGUCAUCCAUAGCAAGGCAGGAAAACAACUGAUUGCUCCUUGUCGUUAGUUUGCAUUUUAUAACAGCCAAUACAGACUUGUAGGUCCAACGAGCUGCAAUCUGGUUCAUAUUUACAUUUUUACAUUUAUUCAUUUGGCAGAUGCUUUUAUCUAAACGAUGUACAAAUGAAGUACAAUCCAAGCCAAAGUAGAUCAAGGAGAAGCCAUUGGGAAUAAGUUCCAGACCGCUCAAAUCCAUGUUCCACCUAACGCAAGUGCUUCAAGGUUUGCAGGUGCAUGAAGUAAGAAAUAAUAGUGUAGGAAAUGAGAAUUGUUGUUUUUAGAAAGAGAGAAAGAGCAUAUGAGGUUAAAAGAUCUGAGAUAUGGUUUCAUAUAUUUUUAGAACUAGUAGAUAGACUAAACUGAUUAUAGUGAAGCAAUCUGAAUUUUAGUUUAUUGUGAAAUGUUGUUUCUCUUGCCAAAAAGCCUUUGAGCAAAGCACUAAUGUGCAUUUGUUAUCUGAUCAUCAUGUGUGGACUGUCUGCUCUCAGACAGAGAAGACUAAACUCAGCCAAGCCAUAACAAGACUCCAAAAAUGGCUGCCAAUUACUCUGUCUGGGACAUUUGGUCCAAUGGCAUAGCUGACGAGUGCAUUUCUGUACGUUCUACCUCCACAUUUACAACAGAACCAGAAGAGUUGGAUCAUAGUUUAAAUGCCAGUGCACUCUCAGAGAAACAAGGAUGGCACAGAUUUCAGAUGAAACUCUGUAAAGAUGAAACAUGGCAUGGCUUUAAAAAGGGCAACAGUGCUCAGUAUGUUUACUGGGUAAAUGUAAAGAUGCAGCAUUUAACUUCUGAGUUGAUGUAUCAGGAUAAUAAAAGGCUGUAAUAGUCUCUGUUACUACUUAAAAUAUCCAGAUAAAGAUAACUUGAAGAUUUGGAUUGAUCAUAAAUCAGCCUCGUCCAUCAGUGGCUACGCGGAAAGAUUUCAGAGUAAAGUUGUUUAUGUGAGAUGGCCGAAGCCUCCUGCUACCAUGUAAUGAAACUGCUGAUGAAGACCAUGUGAUACAGUUAAAAGCUUGUAAGUGGAGCUUGAGUUGUGGUUGUUUUGGCAAGAAUGAACUUUAAUGCUUAACUCUAAGCCAACAUGGAAAAGAAGUCCUAAAAGUGUUGUAUGGAUGAAAUCAUAACAGCUACCGAUCACGCAUAUCAACAGAUCCAUUUCCAUGACAACUGAGCAAACGCCAUCCACUGAUAAAGAUCAUGUGGUAUGAUUGAAAGUUCUGGGAAAAGCUAGAAAGUGGACCUUGAGUUGGGAUUGUUUUGUCAAAUGAAACAGCCAGUUUUCAAGCCAUUUCCUUUCAAAAUGUAGUCUAGUUUUAUGAAAAUGUACACACAAACAUGUCUACUUAUACAUAUAUAUACUACAUGUAAUCUUAUAAAUUAUGUGCACCAAUUAUGACUCUCAGGUUUAACAUCUUAUCAGAGUAGAGCUGCAAUAUUUAGUUGAUUCAUUCAUUAGUCAGUCAACUAUUUUGAUCAUCAAUUAAUCAUUUAAGUCAGUUUUCAAGCAAAAAUGCCAAAUAUUCUCUGGUUCCAGCUUCUUUCCUUGUCUUAACAUUAUAGUAAAGUGUAAUAUCUUUGGGAUUUAGACUGUUGGUUUGACAAAACAUGGAAAUUGCAGGAAAUAGGAAACUGUAAUAGGCUUUGUCACAGUGUUCUGGUGUUUUAGCAAAUAAUGGAAAAAAUAUAAUUAAUCGAUAAUGAAAAUAAUCAUUACUUGCAGCCCUAUGUCACAUGUAAAGUAACAUUUGAAGUGUUACGUCAGUCUGAGGGAGUUGUUUAAGUCUACAAAUGUUACUGUAGUACAUGGAAAGGAUUUGGCUUUCAUGUAGUUUUCAAAAGAAUGUUUUUAUAGCUUGUACUACAGAGGCCUCCAUCAGGGUAUCUGCAGUGUGAACAGGCAUUACAGCCAAACAGAGACGAGUUUUACAUUCUUUCAGAGGAGCGGAGUUGACUUGGUUGCCUAAUACAGCAAGCAGAUACAUAUCACCUCACAUUCCAGUACAGGCUUGUAUUGCAGUGUCUGUUCAUUGCAGCCCAUGUGUUGUGGCGGAGCUGAACUUCCUUGUCCUGCAGAAGAAGGAGGAUAGAGGCGUGACGUCGCUGCCCGCAGAGAGGCCCGUACGGCAGGAGAAGAGAGGCAGGGACACGCCGUGCGGGGACGGACGCUGUUUGUGCCGCAGAGCAGACUGCUGCGAAACACAUGAACAGCCAGGGCACAAAACAACCGGCAACCGCGGAAACUUUGCAGAGACGAUAGACAGCAAUAAUGCGGCACCGCCCGCCGACUCCGGAGCUGAUGUGACUGACACACCCAGAGCAGGGAGGAAGCGGCGGACACCACCACCACCUCUCCCGGGUUGCCUCGCCUCGUCACGGUGUGCGCGGCAGGUCAGUCGGUUGGUCUGUCUGUCUGUCUGGAGGGGGACAUGUCCUCGCUAACCGUCGAGGAGGACCAGAAAUGGGCACCGACACACGUCCAGGUGACUGUGUUGAGAGGCAGGGGCUUACGGGGCAAGGGCAAGCACGGCACCAGCGACGUGUACACCAUCAUCCAGCUGGGGAAGGAGAAAUACUCGACCUGCGUGGUGGAGAAGACUACCGAGCCGGAGUGGAGGGAGGAGUGCUCGUUCGAGCUGCAGCCCGGCGUGCUGGAGAGCGGCGGGGGGAGCGGCUAUCCGGCCGGGAGCAACGAGCUGGUCCUCACCGUCAUGCACCGGGCGCUCAUCGGGCUGGACGUGUUCCUAGGACAGGCGGUGAUCCAGCUGGAUAAGGUCUUUCGCGAGACUAGAUACGUGAAAAACGAGUGGUACAGGCUCAACUCUAAGACGGGGAAGAAGGAAAAGGAACGAGGAGACAUUCAAGUCAGCGUCCUUUUCACCCGAAACAACCUGACAGCCAGCAUGUACGACCUCGUCAUGAAGGACAAGGGCGCCUCCACCUUCGUCAAGCUGAAAGAGCGCAUGAGGGGGAAGAAGAGAUCCAGCGAGGAGGACACCUCGUCGGCCGUCCUACCAAGUGGUCAAGGGUCCCUUUACCGGAUUCGGCAACGGCUGCCGAGCGAUGGGGGUGGGGAGGAAGAUUACGAGGACGACGAGGGGGGCGAAGCCCGGCGGAGCAAGAUGAGGACCUUCUUCCUGAGAGGGAAGCUGAGGAAGUCAUCAGACACUCGUUCCAGCACAUCCCUAGGCUCGGAGAGCAGUGAGUCAUCAUCACGGGGUGGGAGCCUGAGCCCCACGGCCGGCAUCAGCGUGGUGGUCUCUGACCUCUCCAACUCACCUAGUAACAGCAGCAACCUGACAGUCGAUAACAGCCCAGAGCACACGGCAAACACGUCACCCAGGUCGUCCUCUCUCAAAUGUGAGUUUGGUGAUGAGGCCGGUGAGAUCACCAUUGCAGUGCCUCAGCCCACUCUGUGCGUUAAUGGAAGCCAUGCUUACAACAUCCAGACCCUGGACCCAGGCUCAGGAAAACCUGCAGAUUCUUUAGGCCUGGGACUGUUGCAGAAGUCUUUGCCUCUCUCCGUGUCUCUACAGAAUCUCAGUCCGCGGGCGUCCACAGACCUCCCCAAAGGUCCUGUCGGCGAUGGGCGCCGCUGGUCUUUUGACAAGCCCGGCGAGGAGGAGAAGGCAGCCAUAGCGGCGGCCCUGGAGCAAAGUGGCCCCAUGAUGGGUGAAGAGGAGCGGUUGGGACUGGCUGCUCUUCCUAAAGCCUCCUCCUCCACGGUGGAGUCGGAAAGCCAGGGGAAAAAGCAGAGGAGGAACUUGUUCUCUCAUGGGAGGAGUGAGUCUGCAGGGAAAGGGCAGAAUCAGUCCAAGGAUGAGUCUGAACAAGCCCCUGCUGCCACUGAGGAGAAACACAAGGGAUGGUUUGGAUCAAAGGACUCGCACAGCAAACCCAGCCUGGUGGUGUCACCUAAACUAGAGCCCAGCACUGUACCCUACCCACCACCCCUCCCACCUAGUCACCACCCCUCGGGUCCCCCUGUAGAUCCUGCCUCUCUGGUUUCUCCACUGCAUCACACUAACCCCUUCUGCCACUCACAGACCACUUCACCUUCCAUAUCCCCCUGCAACCCUUUCUUCUCUCUCCUCCAGCACAACCCUUUCUAUGAAGACAUGCUAACCGCUCAGCCCCUAAAACCAUUGCUGCCUCCUUUGCCCUAUCUCUCCAGUUCCCGGCCCCCCAUAGCUCAACUCUUUCCGCAGGCAAGUAACCCUAACCUCACCCUCAUUCACGACAACCCAGUCACAGAGGACUCCGUCAUUGGUACAGAUGCAAAGAGUGAAGUGAUGGCCAAAGUUAAGAAACGACCUCUUCCUCCAGCUCCCACGGAAGGGGAGAAACCUUUAAGUGAGAAGUCAUCCAACUCUUUUAUGUCUGCUGGGGAGCUGGAACCGGAUUCAGAGUGGGAUGAAUCCUUUGAAGCGUUUGCAGCUGGCAGGCUGCAGUCUCCUGAGGAUCUGACCACAGAUUGCAAAACACAGCAAAACACACCCGGUGACCAUCCACUGGAACACUGCAAUAAUAAAGGAGCAUUACUAUUAACAGAUGCUGAUCAAAACACAGGUGUGAAUGACGCACUACAUCAUCGGCCUUGCACAGAAUUUGUAUUCGAAGCACAUAAAGCCAUCAGCCAGGUGACCAAAACUAACACAUAUCACUUUGAUACAUUUGCACAAUUCCUUGAGACAAUCCCAGAGCAGACAAGCUUUCAGAGUGACAACUUAACUUUAAAUACUCCCGCUAACUCACCAAAACUGGCUGCUUGCAAUGAAACUAAUCAAGCUAACAGUGCUACUAACACAAAUGAAUUAACCGACACUAAUAUGCAUCAAGCUCCCUGUCAUACCUCGUCCGUAAAGCUCAACAGUAGCUCCCCAGAUCCUGGUUCUUCAGGUCUCGGCAGUUCAGCAGAAGAGGAUUUCCUCUCCUGUCUCUCUUCUUCGGACAAAUUCUCUGCAUCCUCCUCAGAGGAAGCUGAGGCACAGAACUUUGAAAGCAACAUCCGCAGCUUUGAGAAAUCAUAUGAGUCAGCUGUGGUAAAAAAUGUAAAGCCAUCAGAAUCUGAAGAUGACAUUACUGACAGGUCAAAUGAUCUGUCUUUAGUUGAUGUAGCCCAGCACAUUGUUAUUCAGCACAGGGAUGAUAAUGAAAAGGUAGAUUUAAAUGGUUUGGAGGGGUCAUUGGCACUGCAGCCCCCAGUGCUUAAACAUCAGGAGCCUGUGAUCUCUGCAAGAGAGUCGGGAACUGAGGAUGCUGUUACUCAGGCACCAAACCUCUCAGAACUACAGCCAAAAUCCAUCGUCUCUUUACAGUCUGACAAUGAAAAUGGAAUGAAAGGCAUAGGUAAAUUCAAUGGAUCUCUAGAGGAUUUUUCAAAAGCGUUAAAUGAUUCCUCUGUAUCCAUAAGUAACACUACAGAUGUGAGGACUUAUGUGACUCCAGUUGAUGAACUCUGCUCCACACACCCAUCGUUAUACAUCACAACCUCCUCCCCUGAGGUAAGGCAGAGUUCGUCGGAUUUGCCCAUUGAGAGCACUAGUUUAGGAAUGCAGGAUGUAAGCCAGCGUUCUCCUAUACCAUUCAGGCUUUUUGGUGAUUUCCUCAACACCAGUCACAUCGUGAACAGUCCUAGCCAAGACUUUGAUGACACACUGUUACAUACUCGGGUGUCCUAUCAGAGCACCAGCAGCUUUCUCCAAAGCCUUUAUGUCAGCGCCGACUCACAGGAUUACCAAACAUGUGAGUCUCAUCCGUCCUCCAAAUGCUCCAGCGGCUCAGAGCCAAACAAGACGCUACACUCUGCGAACUCAACGCUCUGUGGUGAGCUGAGUGAGAUUCAGGUGACUUCUGAUACUGCGUCAGGCCAAGAAGAUUUCACUAAUGCAUGCAAGCCAUCUAACGAAGAAUACAACCAAAUGGACCAAUUUGAAGAAUCCUUCAGUGGAGCUGAGGACAAGACGGCAACUCUUCAGCCAAGUUUCAUGAUAGGGGAUGAGUUCGGUCUCUCUGUGACAUCGUCAGACACUUGUGUGAACUGUAAUUCAAGGAAGCUUACAGAAGGAGGUGUGGAAAGUCAGCAUAUCGUCUUAGGUGACAUGUUCUCGAAAUGCCCUCAGGCACAAAGUGCUACGCUACACCGCUCCCAGUCUGAGGGCACACUGACACCUGUCUUUGACGAGCUCCUCCUGUCAUCCUUUGGGAGUGAUCCCGGUGCGAUACAGGAGUCCUCUUCAGGUCAGCCUGGCCCUGACCUCCCCUCUCUGACCUCCUUUGCUCCCUCUCUAACUCCUGACAGUAGUAGCUCCCUUGUAGCGCUCUGUUUGCUCCCUCCCCUUGCCAAUGCUACAGCGAGGUCACCACCCAGCACGGCACGAGCUGUGGCGCCAAAGCCAAUGCUUCAGGAGACCCAGCAGCAGGCAGCCAAUCAGCAGAACAGCCCGCACCCAGUGAAGCCCCUGACCACUGCCAUGCUGGCUGAGGAGAAGCGGACUGAGGGCCGGUCAGUGCUGGCCACCGGCCUGGAGAAGCUCAAGUCCACCAUCCACCCGGGGAGGAGCAGCCAGCUCACCGAGCAGGAGACAGACAGGAAGAAGUCUCUGACAGAGGGAGCGGGCUCGUACUAUCAUCUGACCCACAGUGAACUUGUCGCCCUGCUGGUGCAGCGGGAGGCGGAUCUGGAGAGGCAGAAGGCGGAGUUUGAGCGUCAGAAAAGUUUGCUGGCUAAGCGGGAGGUGGAGCUGAAGAAGCUGAAGCCACAGGUCAAGGAUCUGGAGGACUACAUUGACACGCUGCUGGUGCGCAUCAUGGAGCAGAAGCCCACUCUCCUGCAAGUGCGUUCCAAGUUAAAGUGACGAACGGGGGAAAGGGUUUGCAGUUCAGUCCGCAUCUGUUCACUCUAACCUCCACAACAGCUCUUUAGUCUUUUCACUGCUAUGCUGUCCUUUUUGAUACAAAUAUCUAGGCACUGAGAGAUGUCGAGGUGAUGUUUUCCAGAUGGCGUGCUUUACUGUGCUGAAACACGUCCUCGUCGAAGGGUUUGGUUCGGGCGGUUUUGAAUGUAGCGGGUCCUCAGGUUGUUUUCAGGUUCACACAGCCAGUUGGUUUUAAGUUCACAGAGGAGUGAGCCCAGUGGGUUCAAGACCCAGAUGCUUCCAUUUUGGGAUCCUGAUUGUAGAAACAUUGAUUCCUCCUUUUCACCUCACCUGUCACUUCUAUCACCUUAUCAAAAAAGAGAGAAAUGGUAGAGUUUCAGUCCAUAACACUGUAUAUCCAACUAACUCCUCACGCAAAUGUUUCAAAAACAUACAGAGUUCUGUGGGGAGAGGGGAGCUAACAACUUGAAGGGCCACUCUGGUUUUGCAUGUUUUGGCCCAUUAACUACAAAUUACAUAUACUUGCUGCUGGCCAUUUCUUUAGCAUACCAUCAGGUGUAGAUUGAUUUUAUACCUUCAAGGCAGCCAUUGGUUUCAGUUCAUUUCAGUGCAGCAUGCAAAUCAACUUGAAGUGACUUGAAACCUGCUGAAGACAAUAAUCCAUCACAGUGAACAUUUUGAUGCUUUGUUUUAAUUUCAUAGUUGCAGUUGAGAGCAGGGACCCUUCUCAAAACAAUGCAAAAAUGCUCUGUUAGACAAGAUGCAAGAUUCAGUUGCCAGAAAGCAUUGCACCCACGAGCUAUAUUGUAGGUCUGCAAAUAAUUAUUAUUUUCAUUUUCAAUUAAUUUGUCAAUUAUUUUCUUGAUUAAUGGAAUAAUAAACAAAAUGACUGAUUUGAGAGAGGUAUCGAUCUUCUCAUCUAACUCUUGGCAAGAAGGUAAACAGGCAUAUUUCCCUAAAUGUCGAGCUAUUCCUUUAACUGAAAUGAAUUGAAACCAAUGGCUGCUUAGCAGGAAGGAAAUAAAUCCAUUAUCUUCAAGUGUGCUUCGGAAAAUAGUCUGCAGUAGAAAAAGUAUACACCAUAUUUGGUUAAUGAGGAAAAUGCAUGCUAAACCACCAGUAUGUUUCUAAUACAGUAAGGCACUUCUGUGAUUGGCUUCACUUUUUCCAGAAGGUGUAUAUGUUUUGGAUUGACACUCUACAAAUGUUCCCUAAUAAAUAUCAAGUGCUCUGACUACAAACCAAAUGAGUGGUGUGAGAGUUCAGCCUUGUCAUGUGCACAUCACUGGGAACUGACUGUAGCUUAUGAAUGUUCAAAAGUGUUCUUAGCCAGCAAGUGAAUGGUUUAAUUUUCUACGCACGAUAUGUGCUGUUAUGUUUUGCUUGUUCCUUCCUCCUUUUUUCCCCCCUACUUUUUCUUCUUCUGUUAAAUGGGCAUGUCUUGAAGUUACCCAUAAUGCUCAGCCUAAUAAGCUAACUGAUUCUUGUAUGGGUCACAGUGUUAUCAGGUGAAGACAGUAUCAGCCAGUAUCAAGAUCAACCAUCACAGCUUUUCUGAUCUCAUGCUUCUGCAUUCCCACGGAUGUGUUAUCAACAUGACUCCACUGUUGCGAAAAUGCCUGCAACAUACUGGUACUUGACUCCGCUCCCCCAGUGUCUGUGUGUCACAUCUGCUUCUGCUCCAGCAUGCAUAUUGCUACUGCUUUCAGGUGUUACAAAGGGAUAUAUACAGCAUUUUACAGCAUAUAUGCCGUAUUGAAAUGCCAAAGGCUGCCUUAUUUUUGUUUUGUUUUGACAUACAGAAAGAAUCUAGCACUUCAUUUUACUUGCCGGGGCUCGGGGCAGGUUUUGAAAAAGAAAAGCCAUCCGUUCACUGAAUGUUUUUUUUUUUUUUUUUUUUUUUUUUCAUGCUUUGUUUUGAUAUUGUUUAGAUCACUGCACAAAAAGAAAUUGUAUGCAUACCAAUAGAAAAUGAGCAGUAACAGUGAUGUGAAAUGCCAAAAAAAAAAAGCCUUGAAACUUAAUCUAUGGAGCAGAUUGAUACACCAUAAAGUUUUCUGAUAUGAUGCCACUUUUAACAGCAUUUGUGGAUGUCCUUGCACUACUUAACCUUCAGAACAUAACUCUACUGUACCUGUCUGUUGAUAUUGGUAUAGUUAGGUCUACUUUACACCGUACUGCACUUUCUAAUCGCUCUGUGAAUUAAGCACUUGGCCUACUUUGACACCACAACGUUGAUUUUUCCAGUGAGCUUGCAGCAUACAAAAACAACCAGAACCGUCUUGUCAUCUCAGUUCUGCUGUGCAAUCACAAUAUCAAGUGCAUAGAUGACUUUAGAGACAUAUUAAAUGUGACUCGGCACUUAUGAUGCGCAAGAAUAAACGUCCUCCUCCAUGUCUUCCAUUUUAAAAGUUUUUAUUUAAGUUUAAAUUGAUUGUAUUUUGUCCUUGAUUGUGUAGCCAGUGGAGUGUGCUUAAGGUAGUAUGUAAGAUUGGAAAGUUUACAAUUCGUGAUGCAAUUCUGUUUCACAAAUUUUGUAUAUUUAAUAAAGAAUAUUUUGUGUUUCUUGCUCACCGUA